CAAAAUUAAGGAAUAAAACAUGGUAGAAGAAAAAAAAUUAAUAAUAUAAUAAAAGCUUACACUAUGGUUAGGAAACGAGUUCAAUUAUGUAUGUGUUAAUAAACUGUUUAAGUUUAUAAAGUCUGCCAGACACCAGCUCUAUAUUAGCAAGAAGGUGCAGAUUCAAAGCUUACAAGAAUCUUCCAUUUAGAGAAAUAAUUAUGCAAAACGUUAAAAGCUGAUUGUAAUUUAGUGAUUAUUCAUAACUACAGAAAGUUCCUCAGAAAUUAAAAUAGCAGUGUUAUCGGAAAAUAUUGAUGUAGGAGAUUCAUUCCAUUGGCGAAAAUCUGCAGUAUAUACGAGUACGUACAUAUAUUGUACAACAGAGGGGAAAAACAAGCGCCUUGACGACAUCCAGCGGGGAUUUCGAGGUAUGGGGACUGAGAAACUACGAUUUUUUUUUUAAAUAACCACAUUGUUUCAAAUAUUUCCAAAUUUCUAUCUGACAGAUCAAAACUUAAAUCUAUGGUGUAUUUUUAGUUCUUCCAGAAGAGGUAAAAUCUCAAUAUAAAAGCUUUUUCCUGUCAAAUACUUUGUUUAUUAAUUUCUGAUUUAUGUACAUAUGUAUGUAUAAGUAGAAGUAACAUUUGCAUUCAAACUCAAUAUAUCUUUAUUUCAUAAAAAUCGGAAAAAUUUUGAAGCAACAUUCAGUUUUUGGUAAAUCAUUUAACUGUUUCAAUUUUCCACUAGUCUUAGUAAAUUAUUAUAGUCAAAGUCUUAAAAAAUUCGCACUAUUGGAGUGGUUAUGUGAUUUAUAAAUAUUCGUAAACUACAUAUAUUUAAAUUUGAAAUUUCGAUAACUAAAUUAAUGCAAUUUUGCAUACGAGUGCAGUUUAUAGUGCAUAGUAAAAAUUAUUUCCGUUAGCGAAUGAACCCAAAGCCUAGUUGGGAAUAAUGUUCACCAGUACUAUGGACUUAGACUCCAAUCGAAGGGAAGGAUUGACUUUGUCAAAGGAUAAUUUUCAAAAUAUACACAGCACUUUCUCAAUAACCAAGCAAUUUCCUAAUAAUUAUUCAAAUGUUUCGAGACAUAUAGAAUUUUCACCCAGUGAUAAUCCAAUAGUCGCUGAGCAGACCAAUGGUCUAUAUCUUAAGUGUGCAAACUCAAAAAAUGGGGAGUAUUAUACCUGUGCAGCGGAUACUGAGCUUCGUUUAGCUAGUAUGCGUAUUUUUGCCACGAUUAUGCUGAAUGCCUGGCGUCGCCGUCGCGAGGAUGUGAAACGUUUGUUAUUGAAAGUAGAAGACCUUAAAAAAGGAUCACAAAAGGCCAAAAAUCAGAUUCAUGUUUACAACACACUGUUUCGGGUCGAACAGAAGCGAAAUGAUGAGCUCGCUUGUCAACUCAAGUGUUCGUUGGAAAGCGUUAUGCAGGCAAAGUCUUCUUGUGAAAAUCUUAACACCAAUGUGAUUAGUUUAAGAGCGGAACGUGUACUUCUUGAGCAAGAUCUGGCAAUUAAAAGCAAGGAACUUGAGGCACUUACUGAUUUACUGAGCCAAACCAAAGAACAGCUUUUUCAAUCAAUGAUAGAUCAACAUAAUUUACGCUUUGCGCUUAACAAGGAGCAACGCUCGGUGAAGGUACUUGAGAAUCAAAAAAAUAAGCUAAUAAAUGAGCUAUAUCAAUUAACAAAUGAAAGCCGCGAAACCGAAGAUAAGUAUCGCACAGAAAUGGUGCGAAAAGAAAUUGAUUGUGAGCGCGCCAAUGGCAAGGUUAAACUUCUAGAAGCAAAGUUGAAUGAUUUGAAGGAGAAGUCCCGUAAACUUGAUAAAUCUGCAGAUAAUGAAAAACGACUACGCCGGGAAACAGAAAGUUUACAAAAAACAGUAGCCACGCUUCAAGAAGCACUCGAAAAUACAUUUGUUGAACGCUUUUACAGGUGCUGGGACAAGAUGCGCAUGUACCAAUAUAAGGGGCUUCACGUUGCACAAAUGUGUUUGUAUUGCUUGUUGCCCGCCGUGCCUCUGCCCACUACAUGCCCUAAACAAAACAACAACUUAUUUAGUCAGACUGAAGAUGACUCAAAAACUUUCAGGUUUUAAUUUUCCAUAUGGAAACAAACGAAAGCUCAAUUAAAGUCCCAUUCAAAUCUCCCAAUAGAAAUGAUAAAAAGGAAACACAAAGUUAAAAUGUUUCGUUUUUCAUUUAAUUUAAAAUUCAAUGUUUCAUAGAAUUUUUGGAAAAAUAUCCGAACAAUAUUCAUAGACAAAUUAAUAUACGAGAACCAAAAAUUUGUGGGGAAAAUUUUUCCUGCUCAAAUGCACAAUGCUAAUUUGAUAGGCAACUAUUGAAAUUUGAAAAACAAAGUAAAUAUAUGCAUAUUUGUUUUGUGUUAUCGAAAUUAUCAAAGAAAUGUCUACCACAAGGAGGAUAAUUGUUUUACAAAUUUUACUUUUGCAAUUAGCUGUU